AAUCACGAAAUCAGAUUAUCAGAAAUGUCAAUAAUAUGUGUUUGGUUGUUCUUGAUUUGGUCGUGAGAUUCUGUAGUUGUUAUCGAAAUCGUGUCGUUCUAAAAUAACAUUUCUUUCAUAUAUUGUGAAGGUGUAUCAAAGUUCAAGGUUUUUGUGAAGUCGUAUUGAGUUUUACCAAUAAUGCUAAUAUCUCCUGGACCGUGUUAGGAGUAUGUACGAUAGUACAUGCGGCGCCGCCGCCAGCGGACAGUGCGGCAAAGCACAGCCUGAUGGCGACGGACCGCCGCCUCGGGAGCCGCCGCCGGCACCUCUAGAGAGGGACUACAGUGGCUUCGACAUAGUCAAGGCCACACAGUAUGGUGCGUUCGGACGCGUCAAAGAACUCGUCGAGGCAGGAUGGGAUGUCAACCAGCCAGACCACGAGACUGUCACACUGCUGCACUGGGCCGCAAUCAACAACAGGCGUGAGAUCAUCCAGUACUUGCUGUCGAAGGGUGCAGCGGUAGACGCCGUGGGUGGAGAGCUGCAAUCUACUCCACUGCAUUGGGCUACGCGGCAGGGCCACCUGGAGGCGACGGUGUUGCUGGUGCGCGCGGGCGCGGACCCCACGCUGCGCGACGCGGAGGGCUGCGCCUGCCUGCACCUGGCGGCGCAGUUCGGGCAUACGGCGGUGGUGGCGUACCUGGUGGCGCGCGGCGUGACGCCGGACGCGCCGGACGCGGCGGGGAUGACGCCGCUGAUGUGGGCGUGCUGGAAGGUGUCGGCCGUGGACCCGGCGCGCCUUCUACUCACGUUGGGUGCCUCGCCUCGCCCGGCUGAUCGCUCGCACGGGAAUACAGCCCUACAUUGGGCUAUCCUUGCUAGAAACACGACUGCCGUAUCCACCCUCAUCCUAUAUGGAGACGCCAGUCUGGACGUGCCCAAUCUGCGAGGAGUGACCCCUUUGGCGAUGCUGCAGGCCAAUGCCGACUCCCUAUGGGUGGGUUCCAAAGUGUCCGACAAAAUAAAAGAACACUCGCUAGCUGCAAACAAACAUAAUCUACUCAGAAGAUUAACAUACGAUAAGAAGUUCCGGUGGUGGUGCGUGGUGGUGAUGCCCUUCGUGGCCUUCUACCUCACCGGGCUGGUGCUGGAGAUGGAUGCUCUCUACCUGGUGAAAGCCUUCAUGCUCGUCAGCUUCUACGUCGCGCUGCACUUCCUCAGCAACUUGCUCUUCGAUGACGACCUCAAGAACAUAUUUCCGCUCAGCGUGUAUCUUGCGACCAAGGUGUGGUUCUACAUCACGUGGGCCGUGUUCAUCGCGGGCGUCGUCGGCGCCGGCGCCACGCUGCUGUUCGCGCUCAGCUCGUGCGCGCUCUGGUACUCGUUCCUGCGCUCCUGGCGCUCCGACCCCGGCGUCAUCCGCGCCUCGCGCGCCGACAAGCUGCGCACCAUCGUCGAGCUGUCCGAGUCGGCGCGCGGCGGCUUCGAGCCGGCGCGCUUCUGCUCCGCCUGCCUCGUGCGCCGCCCGCUGCGCUCCAAGCACUGCUCCGUCUGCAACCGCUGCGUCGCCAAGUUCGACCACCACUGUCCCUGGGUGGGCAACUGCAUCGGAGCCAACAACCACCGCUACUUCAUCGGGUUCCUGGUCAGCCUGCUCGUCAUGUGCGCCUGGAUGAUCUGGGGCGCGGCGCAGUACUUCAGCGCCGAGUGCCCCGCGGCCGAGCCGACGGCGCCGGGCGUCGUGAUGCAGUGGGCGCGCUGCAACCCGUGGCUGGCCUGGGUGUUGCUGAAUGCGUGCUUCCACCUGUUCUGGGUGACCGUGCUGACGGGCUGCCAGCUGUACCUGGUGGUGUGCCUGGGCAUGACCACCAACGAGCAGCUCAACCGCGGCCGCUACCGGCACUUCGUGGCGCGCGGCGGGCGCUCGCCCUUCACGCGCGGCCCGCUGCACAACUGCGCCGAGCUGUUCGGCUGCGGCUGCGGGCCGCUGGGCGCGCGGCCGCGGGACUGGGCGGCCGCCGGCCUGGCCGACCUGCGCGAGCCGGACGAGGCCGAGGCCGAGCCGCCGGAGGACGAGCGUCUGCUGCGCGACCAGCACUACGUGUAGCUCGCCCUGGGACCCCGUACGCGCGACUGCAAGAAUACGAUUCUUGUGAUAACGUUUUAUAUUUGUAUCGUUUUUACUAAUAAUUUAAUGUACGAUUGUAUUCGUUUGGGAGCCUCACUGUACUGUGCGUUCGUUUAGUACGAUGUGUCGUGUUCUCUGUGAUACAAACACGAACCAAUAUAUUUAAGGUUAGAAUAAAUAUUAUUUGUAAGAACCGAAGCUUCCUUCUAGUGAGUCGUCCACUUGUCCACCGUGUAAGCUGAGCAUGACGCGCAAAUAUGUUUUGGUAGUACUGUACAGGGACUGCGACUCCGACGGCGCAUUGAACAUGUUUCUGUUUCUGUAGGAUUUCGGGAAUCCUCGUGGAGUGCGUGCUUCCAAAGGAUCAUGCAAGUUGUGCGAUGUCGAGUUUCUCACCAGUACGUGUAACUGACAUAUCGACUUGUCCGUGGGACCUGCAGCGAGUCAGCUGAAUGAACCUAGCGUAUACAACUACUUGUGUUGUACUGGAAAAUUUCCUUUGUAAAUAAUCUAAUUGUGUAGCUUGCAAGUGUGUGGCAUGUACCGGGGAGCUCGGUGUCCACAGCCUUGGACACGUCUGUUGCCCGCGGCACUCGUACAAGCCGUAGUUUGACUCGUUGUCCGACGAGACACGAGACAACAUUAUACAACUUGUGUACUGACUGCGUCGCCCGUGCACUCCCGAAGUACUUGCCAGGACGACUGGCCAAAUGUUACCAAAACGUGUUUGUGUCGUAUGCAGUGUGACUCACUUGAGACAGUACGCAGCGUUUAGCGUCGGUAUUGUAUGUGAACCAAGUGUUUGUACAACAUGGCGACACUGCGGCACUGACGUACCAGGCCCUACAGCAUUGGUGCAGUAUUACAGAUGUUGCGGGACGGGCCGGUGUUCUGCCACUGGUAGUGUAAUUAUUGUAAAUUAAAUUAUUCACAUGUACCUAUACACAUGAAGCGAUCCUUAAUCAAACGUGCUUCUGUGCGCUUGUAUUUUACUGUAAAAAGGCAGAUUUAGUUUAAUAUUCUAUUUAAUUAGUUACUCUUAUAACAGAACAACGUACGUUUGUACCAUUGCAAUAUCGAGUUCCGAGCUUACGACGAUAUCAUUGUUACCGACCGAGUCAGGCGCGGCGCUCGAGCUCCUGUGCGUCGCCGGCUUCAUUCUUCUAUUUAGACGUUAAACUGUAUAGAAUAAUACUAUUGUAUUAAAAUAUAAAACGAAACCAAAAUGCAUUUAAUGUCAAUAAAUAUUUAAUAAA